AAAUUUUUAUUUUCUUUAAUUCUAGAAUUCAGUUCAUUUGAAAGAAAAGUAUCAUGAGUAACACCAAGUUCAUUACAAGACUUUAUCUUUUGCUGAUGGUACUGACGGUUGUCCUGUUUGCCUGCCUCACUGAAGCACAACAGCCGCCCGACCAACAGCAGUCUGGCCAACAACAGCAGUCUGACCAACAACAGCAGUCUGGCCAACAACAGCAACAACCGUCUUCUCCGCAAAAUCUAUUACUGGAUAGUAUUCAGAUGGUUUUCGUUGUUGGAGACAAUUAUACUUCUGUUGCUAGCGCGUGCGACUUUUCAAGUAGUCAAGAGAAGCCUACCGCUGAGAAAAUCCAACAAAUCCAGACAGAAGAUCCUAACUUUGAAUGCGAAGACGCUCCACCUCAAGAGUGCGUUUACUACACGCCCGAUACAAUAAAAACAGACUGUACAGCGCCAAGAACCUUAGGUUCAUAUACAAUCGUCUUAUUUGAGUCCUUGAUAGAUUGUAAACAGAGAAUGAGAGCACCUAAUUACAGAAAUCUAUUUCUUCAAAAUAUGACCAGCAGAUAAG